UCUCUUUUCCAUAUACACAACACAAUUAUGGCAGUAAUCACAGCAAUCAAUUUGGUGAGUCAGUCACGCUCAAAAGUAGGUGAAAAGCAACAGAAAAACUAUUACACUACCUCUCCACCGAAUCCCCGCACCCACUUCACCUACUAGCAUAAAAAAGUAACACAGAGAGUGAAAACGGCAGCUAUGGUUUGUCGCUGAUUGGUGAUCUGGGGUUUGCCUUCUGAGUCGAGUCGACUGAGUGCCAGCUGAGAUGUUAACUCAUCAGUGAAACGCAAAAUGUCUGUUUCUCUUGCCGCACUCGACCGUCCCCGGAUUGGAAGUUCAAAUACGAUUGUCAAGAGCGGUCAUCUUCGUAUAUCUUCCAAAGGGUUAGGGUGGAAAUCUUGGAAGAAGCGCUGGUUCAUCCUUACACGCACUUCUUUGGUUUUCUUCAAGAACGAUCCUAAUUCACUUCCUCAACGAGCAGGUGAUGUAAAUUUGACUUUGGGUGGUAUUGAUAUAAAUAACUCUGGAAGUGUUUUUGUUAGAGAAGAUAAGAAGCUGUUAACUGUAUUGUUUCCUGAUGGACGCGAUGGACGGGCAUUUACACUUAAGGCAGAGACAUCAGAGGACCUGUAUGAGUGGAAGACAGCCCUUGAACACGCUCUUGCACAAGCUCCAAGUGCUGCUCUUGUGAUGGGUAACAAUGGAACAUUUCCGAGUGACACUAGUGAUACUACUGAAGGGACUUUCCAUCAAUGGAAGGAUAACUGCCCAGUUAAGUCUCUGGUUGUUGGAUGCCCAAUUUUGCUUGCUCUUGAAGAUAUAGAUGGAGGCCCGUCCUUUCUCGAAAAAGCACUUCAGUUUCUUGAGAAGCAUGGAAUUAAAGUAGAAGGAAUUCUGCGUCAGUCUGCUGAUGUUGAGGAAGUUGAUUGGAGAAUUCAAGAAUAUGAAAAGGGCAAGAUUGAAUUUGGCCCAGAUGAGGAUGCUCAUGUUAUAGGCGACUGUGUCAAGUAUGUUCUUCGAGAGCUGCCUUCAUCUCCUGUUCCUGCAUCCUGUUGCAGUGCUUUACUGGAGGCAUAUAAAAUUGACUGGAAGGAUGCUAGGGUCAAUGCCAUGCGCUCUACAAUACAAGAGACAUUUCCUGAACCAAAUAGGUGCCUUUUGCAGAGGGUUCUCAAAAUGAUGCAUACAAUUUCAUCACAUGCUUCUAAGAACCGGAUGACUCCAUCAGCUGUUGCUGCUUGUAUGGCCCCACUGCUGUUACGCCCUCUUGUAGCUGGUGAGUGUGAAUUACAUGAUAUCAAUGGUGAUAAUUCUGCUCAGCUUCUUGCUGCUGCCAACGCUGCUAGUAAUGCCCAAGCAAUUAUUAAAACCCUACUGGAGGAGUAUGAGAAUAUUUUUAAUGAUGAUAGUCUGUAUAGAUGCUCUAUAUCUGCUGGUUCUCAAACUGACAACAGUGAAAGUGAAGAUACAACUGAUAAUGAAAAUCAUGAUUUGGAAGACAAUGGUUACCCAGAUGCUGAACAUGAAGUUUACCCUGAAACUCAUGAUGAUCAUGAUCAUAUAUUUAGCAGGAAGUUAAGUGAGAGUAUCGGCUCUGAAGCCAGUGAACUUUAUGACUAUAAGGGCAUUGGAAAUUAUGACUCGGACGUUGGAUCUCCCAGGGAUAAUUAUUCUUCAGGAACUAAAUCAAAUCCGAGUAUAGACCCUAAUUUUCCUAGAGAUUCUAAUACUUCAGUUAGCCAGCAACUAGACCAACAGAAGAAGGCAUAUGAAAACCUGAUGGACACUUCUGCUGGUGUACUGGGUAAUGACUCUCAGCGAUGUGAUGAAGAAAUAUUUCCAUCGGUGGAACAAGAGCUACAUAUUUCUGUUCCUAGAACUGAAUUUUUGGAUAAGAAGCCAGUGGACAAACUUACAAAUUUGAAGUUCAAUACCAAGAGAUCAACAUUCUGGGGAAGCGAAAAUGCCAGGAAAACACCAUCAAUGGAAUCAAUAGAUUCUUCUGGAGAGGAAGAGCUUUCUAUUCAAAGAUUAGAGGUUGCAAAAAAUGAUUUGCGUCAAAGGAUUGCCAAAGAGGAAAGAGGAAAUGCAAUCUUGCAAGCUAGCUUAGAGAGAAGGAAGCAAGCUUUGCAUGAGCGCCUCUUGGCACUUGAACAAGAUGUUGCAAGACUGCAAGAACAGUUGCAAGCUGAGCGAGAUUUGCGGGCAGCCCUGGAAGUUGGCCUGAGCAUGACUACUGGGCAUUUUUCUGGUUCUCAAGGAAUGGAUUCCAAGACAAGGGCCGAGCUUGAGGAAAUAGCUCUCGCUGAAGCAGAUGUGACAAGAUUGAAGCAGAAAGUUGCUGAACUUCACCAUCAGCUAAAUCGGCAACGUCUUCUUCAUUAUGGCCCUCUUUCUGUAUCAUGUGAUCUUUAUCAACAUGUUGCAGAUCAUAGUUUACAAGAGAAAUAUUUCCAGCAAAAUUUUGAUACCACUCUAGCUUCCAGUGACCAUGCACGAAAACAAAGGAAUGAGGUGACUUUCCUAUGCUUGAUUUUUUUUAUUUUUUAUUUAUUUAUUUUGUUUUUAAAUUUCAAGUCAAUUUCCUACUUCCUACAUUCUCCUCUUGAGACUUUAUUGGACUCUAAAGAAGCUAUAAUGGUUGCAGGUACUUCCCUGUGGAUAACAAUUGCAGAUUCAUUAAAAAUUAUUCACCAAUUGUUGGUCUUGGCAUUUUUAAUACAGGGCAUUGGAAAUUAUGACUCGGACGUUGGAUCUCCCAGGGAUAAUUAUUCUUCAGGAACUAAAUCAAAUCCGAGUAUAGACCCUAAUUUUCCUAGAGAUUCUAAUACUUCAGUUAGCCAGCAACUAGACCAACAGAAGAAGGCAUAUGAAAACCUGAUGGACACUUCUGCUGGUGUACUGGGUAAUGACUCUCAGCGAUGUGAUGAAGAAAUAUUUCCAUCGGUGGAACAAGAGCUACAUAUUUCUGUUCCUAGAACUGAAUUUUUGGAUAAGAAGCCAGUGGACAAACUUACAAAUUUGAAGUUCAAUACCAAGAGAUCAACAUUCUGGGGAAGCGAAAAUGCCAGGAAAACACCAUCAAUGGAAUCAAUAGAUUCUUCUGGAGAGGAAGAGCUUUCUAUUCAAAGAUUAGAGGUUGCAAAAAAUGAUUUGCGUCAAAGGAUUGCCAAAGAGGAAAGAGGAAAUGCAAUCUUGCAAGCUAGCUUAGAGAGAAGGAAGCAAGCUUUGCAUGAGCGCCUCUUGGCACUUGAACAAGAUGUUGCAAGACUGCAAGAACAGUUGCAAGCUGAGCGAGAUUUGCGGGCAGCCCUGGAAGUUGGCCUGAGCAUGACUACUGGGCAUUUUUCUGGUUCUCAAGGAAUGGAUUCCAAGCCUAAUAAGAAGACAAGGGCCGAGCUUGAGGAAAUAGCUCUCGCUGAAGCAGAUGUGACAAGAUUGAAGCAGAAAGUUGCUGAACUUCACCAUCAGCUAAAUCGGCAACGUCUUCUUCAUUAUGGCCCUCUUUCUGUAUCAUGUGAUCUUUAUCAACAUGUUGCAGAUCAUAGUUUACAAGAGAAAUAUUUCCAGCAAAAUUUUGAUACCACUCUAGCUUCCAGUGACCAUGCACGAAAACAAAGGAAUGAGGUAUUGGAUUAUCCGUCUCAUCCCUCAGCAGCGUCCUCAACUUUAGUAGAAUUGACAACGCGUCUAGAUUUUUUCAAGGAGAGAAGGUUUCAGCUGAUGGAACAACUCCAUAAUCUGGAUUUGAACUAUGGAACAAUGUCACAAAAUUUUGAGUAUAAACCGUCAUCUCCUGCAUGGAUCUAACUAUAAGUUCUACUCAAAUGUCAAGAGGAGUUGAACCUGCACAAAAUUCGACUUUUCUGUUUGGGAUGGAGAGAAGAUCCCAUUCUACCAUCUUUUUCACAAGGAUUGCUCCAAAAGCUGAGAGGUAAAGAGAUAAGAAGACAGCUCCAUGGAAGAUUCUAUAUCAAGAUGCAAGAAGCUAACUCUGUACCCUGUAAAUUCUGUCAUAUAUGUCAAAUAGGUGACUGGCUGGCCCGUCCCAACUUUUAAAAUAUUUCUUGUGCUAUUUUAAAUAAUGUUAGAAGAAAAAAUUUGGGAGUUGCGGGUCAUGGGAGGCACGUCCCAGUUCCACCCAUUUUGACAGUAUGAAUACUAUGGCUUGUUGUGGGAGCACUGAGAAUGCAAUUAGCAUCUAGCUUUUGGAAUUAUUAAGUUGCUAAUGUUUAUGUUAUACAUUGUUCAUGUAAAUGAUUAAUUAGAACAACAUAGUAUUUAAUAUUUAAUUGCGCAGUAGGUGAAAAAUUUGGGUGACUGA